AUGGACGACCACGAGUACGACCGCAUCUGUUCGCUCGCUGCGUAUCCCGCACCCGACACGUCGUCGCCCCUUUGCGCCUCAGUGACCGAAGAGCAGUUUGCGGUCAUUCAGCGGCAGCUCCGCCAUCGCCACUUGCGCGCGGAGCUGCGUCGUCACGGCCAGGACCAAAAGGUGGCGCAUUACAUCGCCCGUCGAGACGCGGGCGAAUCCAUUUGUGCCAUUGCUUUGUCCGUCGCGUUUUCCCCGUGUAUGUUGGCGCGUGUGUUGUUGAAGGCAAAGUACCAGUGGAGUAAGGCGACGAUCUCGCGUCUGUUUAAAGAGGCGAUGAGAGAAGAAGAGGAGGAGGCGGAGGAGGAGGAGAGAGGAGAAGAAGAAGAAGAGGGCACUGAUGGGGACUUACGGGCGACGACGGGCAGUUUCGUGUCGAAAGCCGACUAUGCCCAAGUGAUACCUGAGCUUCGAGAGUGCGUGGAGGCCGACGCGUACUGCUCGCCACUGGCCGACCGCGUGCGCCACAGCGUCGGUCAAGAGUACGAAGACGUGCUGUUGAUGACGCUGCGGACUCGGCAGCUCGUGUUCGAGAGCGAAGCCACGUUGCGGGCCAAGGGGCUGUCCAAGACACCGGACGUGCGGCUGUUGCUGCCGAUUGGCGUGAAAGACGCGGCGGACGGCGAGCGACUACAUGUGGUCCACUGGAUCGACAGCAAAGCCAUGUUCGGCGACCGGUACACACACGACACGGAGAAUGCGAGUCAGUUGCAGGGGUACGUGAACCGCUUUGGGCCUGGGAUGGUGAUCUACUGGUUCGGCCACGUUGCCCACUUGAGUGCCGACCGCGACGUGUUCGUGACCGACGCGUUCCCGCAAGAGAUCGCGCUACCGGGAGCUUUUGACCCGCUUGCAGCUGUCCCGAAGGUGCGUGCAGGUGACGUCGUGGCACUCCGCCCGGCAGAGGUCGCGACGGCCUUUGACGAGGACUAUGUCCCCAUCACGUCGGUCGUCUGCGAGUGA